AGGGGGGGGGGGGGGGGGGGGGGGGGGGGGAAAACCAAACUCGGUUCCUCUUCUUCUUGACUUUCACUUCCGCCAUUGUUGUCCUGUUCAAUUCCCACUUCCAGCUCAGUUCCAUCAUUUUACAUACAGAGAGAGGGAGAGAGAACGGAGCAUAACAUCAUGUCGGGGCCGUCGAUGACGGCAUCGUCAUCGCCAGCCAAUCGCGUACAGGAGCUAAUAGUGUCGCUAGACCAAGCCGCGUUUAUGGCGCGGCAGCUCCCGGCGACCUCGGACCCGGCCCUCCUCCACCAAAUCCACUCCACCCUCCACCACGCACACCACUCCCUCUCAUCCUUCCUCGCCGCCCCUCCUCCCGUGCCUCCUCCUCCGCCCCCGCGUCCCUCUGCCUCCGCCGCCGCCGAGAACUCCCUCUCCUCCGCCACCCACAAUGGCAGCGCCGCCGCCGAGCCGAUGCAGGUCGGCGAGGACGAGGAGGCAGAGGAGGACUCGAGGAGUACCUCGAUCGACCGCGUCGAGGAGAGGAUGCGGAACUGCUUCAUCAAGAACAAGCGGCCCAAGCGGCCGCUCUCCCCAUCGGCCGCCGCCGAGGACGAGGAGGAGAGAGGGCUCGGAGGUGGCGGCGGGUUGGGAGGGACGGGUUUCGAUCCUUACUCCACGAGGCGGAGGGCUCUUGAUCUCGUCUACCAAUUUCACGGGUGACAAUUUGCAUUGCAGGAACAAGAAGGAUGGCAAUUCCGGAAGAUGAAGGGAAGUAGAAUCAACGCUUCUCGGUUCGGAUGCUCAAACUAUUAGCUGCUUGCAUAUAUUCGAUGGACCGAUACGUUAGAGUCUCAUCGAAUGACAUACUAUACAGCAAAUCCCAAACCGAUAUAUAAAUGCCCUGCCAGCGAAUUCUCUGUGAUUCUCAGCCUCACCAGCCUGCUCGAAGGUAGGUAAGACACAGCUUAUGGAUUUAUGGAGUAGUUUCACCAGGAGGCUGAGGAGACUCGGUUGCAAGUUACGCUGAGAGUCGGGACAUUCUUCCAUUUUGUGUUCGGCGUUUGAUAGAGGAAAUGUCCAAACUGACGUAAAGGAGAUCCAUCCUCCCUGCCCCAUUUUGCCUGUUGUUGCAUCGACAAGUGCUUUUGAAGAUAUCGCAGUCAAUGCUGUUAUACUGUGGUGAUCAAGUUGUGCAGCUUCACAAAGUCGUCCACUGUGAGGUCCUCCGGUCUCGACUGCACAGAAGAUCGAGGAAUCUCGAUUCAUAAGCAAAAAUCCUGGGAUGGAAGAAUGAGAAGAGUGGAAGAUAUAAUCCCAUUUUUCAGACCACAUCGGUUAUACACCUUGGUGAUAUACUUACUGUAGCAGGACAACCAACAUCGACAAGUGCCUUCUCGAUGUUGGCAGCAGUGCUUAGAUGCUGAAGCGUUUUCCGCAGCAUUUUCCGCUUCCCAUUAAAUGCAGAGUUUACCUGCGUUUAACAUAUCAUAGAUUCAGAAAAGACGGCAGCUGGAAACAUCAUGAAUUAUAGAUCAGACUUACCAUUGAGAAGAAGCUUUUUGUAGAGGGAACUGGAGGAUAGUCAGCUUCUUGCUUUAGCUUGAAGGAAACAACAGCUGCAUCAACCUAAUGAAACCCGUUAUGCAAUUCAACUGCGAUCUUACUUAAUAGCAGCAUGUUCAGAUGAAUGUUAGUUAUUCCCAUGUGCUUCAAACUUUGCAUCAUAAUAGUAUACUGAAAAUCAGGUUAACUCAAAUGGGAACCAUGUAUUAGUCUGAGAUUUGAUGUCAAUGUUGAAUCGCCCGACUAAUGACUAACAUCCAUAAGCAUCGUUGAGCA